GAAAGUGAAAGUAUGAGCUGACUGAGAAACAGAGGAGCUGCUUGACUCCAGCGCACGAGUCUGACAAAAUGGAAGGCAGCUCCAGGAAGUUCAGACAUGGUGGCAAAAAUGAAUCUUGUGUUGUACCUUUGGACCUGUAUUGUUACAUGAUGAACGCUCACACAGACAAACUACAGCGCCUCGAGAGAGAAAAUGGCGUCAGAAUCACUGAACAUGUGUCAGUGUCCUUCAAAGUCGACGAGGAACAUGGAAACCCCCAAAAGGCGGCAGAUGACUUUAUGAAGCUGGUCCAGUCUUGCCUCGGUGAAUUCAGUGGUUUUACUCUCAAUGAAGUCGGUCCUGUAGAAGGAGGCGCUGUGAAAAACCAAAGUGCUGCUGAAGCUAAGGAGGAUGAGAAAGACGAUAUCUGCCCCGUGUGUUUGGAUGAUUUCACCAAAAAGACUCAACUCAGAUCCUGUAAACAUGAGUUUUGUGAGGAGUGUCUGGAGCAAUCGGUGAAAACACAAGGAGCCGUAUGUCCAGUGUGUAAAGACGUGUUUGGUUUGGUGGAAGGAAACCAGCCCCAUGGGACGAUGACCUGGGUCACAUGUCCCUCAUCCCUCCCUGGGUACGAGGGCUGUGGCACAGUAGAGAUCAUCUAUGACAUCCCAAGUGGAACUCAGACGGCUAAACACCCCAGUCCUGGACAGAGGUAUACUGGGUUACACAGAACUGCGUAUCUACCAAACAACAGAGAGGGUAACGAGGUUCUGCAUCUGCUGAAGAGAGCCUUCGACCAAAAACUCAUCUUUACUGUGGGAACGUCACGGACCACCGGAGCCAACAACAUGGUCACAUGGAAUGACAUCCACCACAAGACGAGCACACACGGGGGACCAGAGAGGUUUGGUUAUCCUGAUCCUUAUUACCUGAGCAGAGUCAAAGAGGAGCUGAAAGCAAAAGGCAUAAAGUGAUCGCCACAUUUAUCACAUGCACUACAAUAUAUAUACAUGCUUGGUAGUUUUCACCAAAUUAACCUAUUUUUGAUUUUUUUUUUAUUAUUAUUUCUUGUUUCGAGUUUUUUUUUCUACUAAACUGUGUUUAUGUUUUUUUCUUACAUAUUUUGGCACCUUCAGUGCAAACUAGGUAAAUUUGCAGCUAAAAAAAUGUUCAGAUAAAAAAAAAACAAAAAAAAAAACUCCUGCCUAAAUCUAAGUGUGUGCUGCCUCUGCAAUUUCAAGUACUAUGUAACAUUCCACAUGACUGCCCUGUUUACAGCUGGCUGCAGGGCCAGAGUUUGAAGUGUAGAUACCUGUUCAACCAACCACACUGUUCCUCAGACCCCGCCCCUCCUCCCUCACUCUCCCCUUUAAUGAGACACACAGGCCUAUAAACAGAAUGGAGAGACAAAAACGAGUGAACACGAGACACAUAAAGCAUAAAUAAACAGUAAAGUAGUGUCUCAAACACAAAGUCAGACACAACAGGGACUGACACAACUGAGACACUUACAGCCUCAAGCAGGUGUGGACAAUCUCCUUAAAAGGGAGGUGGCUGCAAGUGAGACGCAGGAUUGACCAGGUGGGAAAACAGUCCUCCGAUUCACAGCGAACGCUCACAGCCAGGAUUCCAUGAGAAAACGGGACAGGAUUCAACCUCACAAAUAUAACAGACAAAUACUACAAGGGGAAAGAGUCGAAGGCUUGGGCCUGUAACAAAGAUAUCAAACUGAAUCAUGAGGGGCAAAAUAUUACACAUUUUGACUAAUGCAAAUCAUUAUCACAACAAAUAUGUUUCAGCUUCACAAUUUUAUCAUAAUAUUAAAAAAAGCAAUAUAUAUAUUUUUUUAUUAUGUUUUGUUUACUAUGGAUCAUAUUGGGACAAGGGAGUACACAGACAUAAAUAAUAAACAUUUCUUUGCACUGAAUUGUGGGCCAUAACAGUUUCAGGUCACUUUCAGGUCACAUGUUUGUAGGUCACUUUGCUGCUAAAUUAUAUCUAAUUAUUACCAUGGGUGUAGAGUAGUUCAGUGGAUGAGAUGUUUUUAUAUAUUAUACUGGAAUGAGAUGAGAAAUGAGAAAUAUAUAUGAAAAACUCAGCCAUGAUCAGAUUGUGAUUGUGCAGCAGAAGCUCUUUUCUGAGGGGAAUUUAACAAAAUAAAAGUGAAUUGCAUACUCA